UCACUCGCUGAGUGGGACAAGGUAAGAUCGUCCAAAGUCGACACGUUGGUCACCUUGCUAGGGUGGCAGCUCGAAUCGGACGACCAUCACGUAUUCCAGGUCGAGGACGAUGACGCAAGUACCGAGGCUGGCGAAUCCGCCAAAGUCUUAAGUCCCCCUCCUGCAUCUAUUGAGAAGGAUGCACAACCGCGCGAGACACCAACCCUCAUCUCCCCGAAGCCCAACGCGCGCUAUGUGCCGAUGAAAGACCUCAUGACCAAGGGCACACGCAAGAUCCUGGUAUAUAUCGAAUUUCCUAUGAUGGCCCCCCUCCUCGUGUCUGUCCUGAAGUUGUUCAACAUCAUCCCUCUCGUUAUCCACGGCGGACACGGUAUCGAAGAGCGCAACGAGACCGUGCAAAAGUUCCACUCCGACCCGAAGGCGAGGCUUCUCAUUUUUUCUAGCGUUGGUGCCGUCGGCCUUAAUCUCACUGCGGCGAGCAUCGUCAUUCUCUUCGACCAAUGCUGGUCUCGCAUGUUGGUCAAUCAGAUUAUCGGGCGAGCAUGGCGCCUGGGACAGCAAAGAGAAGUUAUUGUCUAUAACAUGGUGGCGUUGGGAACCGUAGACGUGUUGAUGGUCGAUCAUGGCGAGGGUAAGGGCAAUAUGCUGGGGCAAUUUCUCUCUGCUCAUAAAGGUAAGCGUCGA